AGUCUGCAGUGACAGUCAGGCUGCACAGUGCAGAGAAGUUUGCAGAGAGGGGGUCGCGCCGGUGAUUUAAGAGGAAUCCGUUCUCUUCUCUGUAUAAAUCCGCUCGAUCCCCUUGUUGUUAUUAUUACUAUUUGCGUUCUUGGAUUAACAAGGCUUUAAACUGGAUCAUGUAACUACUUUGUAGCAACUUCAGCCGCAGCAGCAUCUGGAGAACAAGGAGACCUGCUAUGGGGUUCUACAUGGGGUGCUGCCAAGUCCCAGUGUAAGUCAGACAUUUCCCAAAUAUCCCCGGGGUUCUUGAUCAGCUCCCAUGGCUGGAAUGUACAACUCUACCUUGAAGACCCUGGAGGAUCUGACUCUAGACUCAGGCUAUGGAGCAGAAGACUCUUGUAGGUCCCUCAGCCUUUCCUCCAACAAAUCAACGUCCCAGCCCUUGGCUUCAUCCCAACACAGGGGCAACUGGUGGUACCACUCAGGGUCCAUGAACAGCAGGAACAGCAGCUGGGACACCAUGAACACCGCUCUGAGCGAGGAUCCAGACUUGGUGGACCUCUUCUCCAGGUGCCACCGGCUGCCAGAGCUGGAGGACUUCCCUUGGACGGAUGAGGACAUUGGGCAUCUACUGAGGAAGGGGAAAGGGGACGGGGGUGCCCGGGAGUUCUCUGAGGACGCGGUGAGGAGGAUGGCGGUGCUAUUGAGAAGACCCCUCAUCAGGAUCUCCAGGGAGGCGCAGCGCCUUAGCGUCCUCCACUCCAAGUGCACCCGCUACGAGAUCCAGAGCGCCAUGAAACUCAUCCUGAGUUGGGCAUUGUCGCAGAGCUGUGCCCUGUCCACGGUUCGCGCGAUGUCGCUGUACAGUAUGAGCGCAGGGGACGGCUUGCGGAGGGGCAAAUCUGCGCGCUGCGGCCUGUCACUUUCAGUGGGCAGGUUCUUCAAGUGGAUGGUGGACACCAGGAUCUCGGUGAGGAUCCACGAGUAUGCGGCUAUUUGCCUGACUGCGUGCGUGGAGAACCUGCUGGAGGAGAUCAGGAGAAGGGUGCUGCUGGCCAGUCAGGGCAACGACGGGGCUGAGAUCUCCCUGGAGGUGCUGGACAUGGCCAUCAAUAAUGACGCAGAGCUUUGGGGAGUCCUGCAGCCUUAUGAGCACCUCAUCUGUGGAAAGAAUGCCAACGGUGUCCUCUCCCUCCCUCCCUAUUUCAGUCCCUAUAAUGACGGCGCUCUCGCAGGAGACGAAACAGCGAAUGCCUACACGCAUCUGGAACUGCGGACGCUGGAACAGUCCCUGCUCGCAACCUGCGUCGGCAGCAUCUCUGAGCUGAGUGACCUGGUGUCCCGUGCCAUGCACCAUUUGCAGUGUCUGACGAGCCUACGGCCCGGAAUGAGCCCCUCGCGGCACUCCCGGCACCCUCAGCAUCACAUCACCUGGUCGCCCGACUCUCUGCACACACUAUAUUACUUCCUACGCUGCUCCCAGAUGGAGUCCAUGGAAAACCCUAACCUGGAUCCUCCCAAGAUGGCGCUACACAAUGAGAGGCCAUUCAUCCUGCUGCCCCCUCUAAUGGAGUGGAUGAGGGUCGCCAUCACGUACGCGGAGCACAGGCGCAGUCUGACAGUUGAAAGUGAUGACAUCAGACAGACGGCCAGACUCCUCCUCCCGGGGCUGGAUUGUGAACCAAGGCAACUUAAGCCAGAGUGUUGCUUCAGCUCAUUCCGACGGCUGGACGCCGGGGCAGCUACUGAGAGAUUCCAGCAGGAUCUGGGCUUCCGAAUGCUCAACUGUGGCAGGACCGAUCUCAUUCCUCAGGCGGUGCGGGCUCUGGGGCCCGACGGGAUCAAUACUAUGGAUGACCAGGGUUUGACGCCGCUCAUGUACGCCUGCGCUGCCGGAGAUGAAGCCAUGGUCCAGAUGCUGAUAGAAGCUGGCGCUAACCUGGAUGUGGCAGUCCCCAACUGUUCACCCCGAUACCCCUCUGUUCAUCCUGACAGUCGGCACUGGACGGCAUUGACAUUUGCAGUUCUCCAUGGACACAUCUCGGUGGUGCAGCUGCUGCUGGACGCCGGUGCCGACGUUGAAGGCUCAGCCGAAAACAGCAGUGAGGACAACUAUGCUGAGACACCCCUACAACUGGCAUCAGCUGCAGGUAACUACGAGCUGGUGAGUCUGCUCCUGGACAGAGGGGCUGAUCCUCUCCUGAACAUGCUGGAGGCAGGGGGUGUGUCCUCGUCCCUGCACGAGGAUAUGAAUUGUUUUAGCCACGCUGCAGCACAUGGGCACAGGAAUGUUCUGCGCAAGUUGCUUACGCAGCCUCAGCUCUAUCCAGGGGACGUCCUAUCACUGGAGGAGAUACUGGCUGAGGGGGUAGAGAGCGACACGUCCAGCAUGGGAAGCAAUGACCGAGGGCCCGUCCGGCUCUGCAAGGCCAGGAUGAAAGCUCUGCAGGAGGCUAUGUAUUACAGUGCAGAACAUGGAUACCUGGAUAUAACCAUGGAGCUCCGGAGCCUGGGGGUCCCAUGGAAGAUGCACGUGUGGGUGGAGUCCCUGCAAACGUCUUUCCACCACUUGCACCUCUCGGCCAUGGAGAACCUGCUGCAGGAAUUCUCUUCCAUAAGAGAGGAGGACUACAACGAGGAACUUGUCAGUGAAGGACUGGCUCUACUCUUCCAUAUCUUCAAAGCCAGUAAAACUGAUGCCAUCGUACAGAAAGCGGCGGCCAUCUUUACUCGUUGCUAUGGCGACUGCCCGAUACCCAGCAUUCUGGAGGCACAAAAGGCACUUCCUGCGCGCCUGGACCCCCACUUUCUGAACAACAAGGAGAUGUCCGAUGUGACUUUCCUGGUCGAGGGGAAACUCUUCUACGCUCACAAGGUCCUGCUGGUCACGGCCUCCAAUAGGUUUAAAUCCCUUAUGAUUAAGGAGGACCCAUGUGACAAGACCAUUGAAAUCUGCGAUGUCAAGUACAGUAUAUUCCAGAUGCUCAUGCAAUACCUGUAUUAUGGAGGAACAGAGUCAAUUAAAGUCCCCAUGGCUGCUGUUUUAGAGCUCCUUUCAGCGGCCAGUCAGUUCCAGCUCGAUGCCCUGCAGAGGCACUGCGAGAUCAUCUGCUCCCACAGCAUCAACAUAGAUAAUGCAGUCAGCAUCUACAAAUUCGCAAAGAUCCACAAUGCACCUGAACUGGCUCUCUAUUGCGAGGGAUUCUUCCUACAGAACAUGAAGACUCUCCUGGAACAGGAUUCCUUUAAACAGCUUAUAUAUGGACGCAAUAGCAAAGUACAGGGGCUGGAUACCCUGACGGACUUGCAGGAGACCCUGUCUAGACGCAUAAAGAAUGUGUAUAUAUCGUCCCGGGUUUGACCCAAUGAUUAGGGUUGCCGUAUAUGGAAACAGGCACUCCCAGGCAGAGAACAAUGCUUAAAUCACUCAAUCAAACCCAAAGACAGCAGACCAGGUUCUAUCCAAGUCAACACCUCACAGCAGGGGCAGAACCCUGGUUCUGGUUUAAAUGGGCUCCUGGAUUAAUGGAUUUACCUGUAUAGAUAGAUGGAGAGUGAGCUCAUGUGUACAGUAUUAAAAUACAAGUAGGCUCAAAACAAAAAGCUCUUUGUAGACAAAUCAGAAUAAACCUUUGGUACCCUUAUAGAGGUAGAAGGUACAGUGAGAGGAUGAAGGUCCACAUAUCCCAGAAUCCUCCCAUGCAAUUAAUGGGGUGUCGCUGGUUACCCAAUGCCUGCAUUAGAUGUUGUGUGUGCCUUAUUAGAUGGCAACACUGAAGCGAUGGCGGAGGCCAAAUCAUUUUGCACCUUAUAAAAUCUGGGAUAUUGAGCCUACAACUAGUGGUUGUUGGCAUGGGAUCAUAUGAAUUGUCACACUAGAACAGCCGAGGGCCUGCCAGCUCAAGAGAUCAGAAGGCAAUUAGGAGUUGGGGAACAGAAACAGACCCAGAUUAAUGUAUAAUCUCUGUAAUUGUUUUGUGAUGUAAAGAAUUAAUAUUUGGAUUUUAUUAACAAAUAAAGGAAGGUUUUGGUCAAA